GUUACAUCAACACAACAGCCAUCAUGGUGGAGGUCGGAGAGAAGCUGAGAGAACUGAACAUGACGGUUGAUGAAGUCGACAGGCUGACUAAAGCCCUCAGAGAUGAGACUUUUGGGAAAAUGCUGCGUGAUUACGCACACGAAUUAUCGGACCCCGAGAAUAAGAAAAGGUAUGAAGAGGAGAUCAAAGUGUUGGAGCAGGAGAGAGGAAACACCAUUGAGUUUAUCCACCCGCAUCCGUUCAGGUCUCUCAGGACCAGUGUGAACGGCAAGCAGAAGUGUUUCAUCAAUGUCUGCUCCAGUGAAAACGUGGGGAAGCCUGAGUGUAAAGGAGGGGUGUCGGAGGACGGGCUCAGAGGACAGACCUGGUCCCUGCCUCACACUCUGCCCCCAGGGAGACAGGACACAGACCCCAAAGGGAACAAGAUCAUGAUCUACGAUGUGGUUUUCCACCCUGACACGGUGCACAUUGCAAGCAAAAACAAGAGAUUCAUGGACAUGGUGGACGGCACAGCCAUUCAGGGGAUCCAGGAUGCUUUCAAAGUGACUCUGGACAAAAACAAUGUGAGGGAGAUGAGUACAAAAUACAAGGGGGCCCCUCAGCCUUGUGUCAUCCGGAAACCCAUACCUGGAUACAAAUCCAAGGAGCCCCCAGAGGAGCCGGACCCUCUUGCGUUCCCAUACCCAGAUGAAAAAAGACCUACCACCUCCCUGCAAGUGAAGCCCACAAAAUCACCUGCAGCAAAAAAAAGCAGCAGUGAUGCUAAACCUAAAGGCUACAGCGUUCAGCCUGAGAAAGUCAGAGAGCCCACCGAGCCAAACUACACGGUAAAAUAUCGAUCUUUUGUGGAUCUACAGGACUUCAGAUACGCCAGAGACUCUGCCCAAAGCCCCAGGCCCAAAGAGAUAGUGGUCACCAUCGACAUGCCGCUUCUGAAGGCGGCUUCAGACGCCAGCCUUGAGGUAAAAGAGAAACAGCUGCUGCUGGCGUCCAAGAAACCAGCCUACAGACUGGAGCUGCCCUUAGCCUACCCUGUGGAUGAAGACAAAGGACAGGCCAAGUUCAACAAACAGAGAGGACAGCUCACAGUCACACUGUCUGUUCUUCCUUCUGAUGAAGCUUUGGAUUUCACUGUAGGGUCUGCUCAGACUUGUGUUAGUGAUGAUGAGAGUCAGGAGGAGAAAAGGGAGGUGGACGAAAAGGAUAUGUGGAAGGAGGAGGAGAGGGACAGCAAGGGAAGCGAGGAGGAGCAGAGAGCUGUCGAGGAGGAUUUAAGGCAGCAGACAAGGGUGGAGGAAGUUGAAAAAGAGGGUGAAAGAGGUCAUGAGAAAGGAGGGGAGCAGAUGAGGGACGGCGAGGAAGGUGUAGCCGGAGAGGAAAGGGUAGAGGGUGAGAAGGAAACACGGGAAGGAGAAAAUAGUGAAGAAGAGAAAAUUGGUUUGGGGGAAGAGGCAAAAUUGGAAAAGCAGGAAAGAAAAGGCCAAGAAGAUGUUGAGGAGAUAUUGAAAGAACAGAAACAGGAAAAUGAAAAAGAGGUUGGAGACUCUAACCUACAGAAAAGGCAGCAACUUGAAGAUAACGAGGACUCUGGUCUAAGUUUUCAGAGGGAUACUGUCGAUGUUUCUGCUGAGGAAGAAAACUCAUUCCCUGUUUUAAUCACUGAAAUAGAGGGAGAUGUCAAUCCGAGCUCUUGUUUGGACUCAUCACCCAAAAUGAAGACUUCAGAAAUCAGAGAGAAGGUGGAAACAGACGCUGCAUUUCUAAAUCUCAGUUCAAGUGAGGAAUCCCAAACGUCCACGGCUGCCGAACCUCAGAGCCAGAACGACAUAGAGGACUGCUGCAUUUCAGGAAACAUGGUCACAGAGGAGCCGUUCAUGGGUUCAGGAGAGCAGCAGGAGGGUAAGAAUAUAGACCAAGACGACCUGCCGACGGUGCAAAUCCUCAAACCAGAGCAAGACAACAAGCCACCACCUGUGUUAUUGAGGGAAAUUGAUAAAGAUGGAAACGAAAAGAUCAUCAGUGACCAUUCCACAUCUGCUGGGUUCAUCUUCCAAAACUCCCUGAUGUAUGACCUGGACUGA